AUGCAAUCGACGGAAAAUAAUGGCUUACCUCUAAACACAUCGAUUAGUGGUAGACAGUUUCAACUAUUGUCUUUCAUAACAAAUACGAGUAAUAUCGUUGCACCGGGCCCUGAAACAAUACAUCAACCCAAGACAAAUGAUGAAUUUCCAACAGCACCUGUAAAAUCUCACUUUCAGAAUCCAUACUGGAUAUUACCAUCUAGUCGUCAUCUUAACAAAAAUAAUGUUACUGUAUUGCCGACAAAACCAAAGUUCGAUUAUGAGAGUUCAACGUUGUCUAUAACAUGGAACAGUUAUUAUCCAAAUGUAGAGAGUACGGUACAAGUUUUACUUGGAAUUCACAGUCGUAAAAAUGAAGUAGAAGCAUUAACUGUUCAAGCAAGUGAAGCAAUAAAACAUCCAUUAUUUAGUAAAACUGACUUAUUAAACGAUAUAGCAAUAAUUAAACUAAAAGAAUUUAUCAAUCCGUCACCCAACAUUCAAUUUGCCUGCUUAGAGAACACACCUUCAACGACUGUGCCAGAAGCGUUUACCACGGGCUUUGUUGUUGGGUGGGGAGAUACUUCGUAUGGAAGCAAUCGAGGUUCAAAUGUGUUACAACAAACUAACGUCACAGUCUAUCCGGAGUCUUUCUGUUCGAAUGUAUCACCUUCGAAUCUGAAAAACUGGAAUAGUCAAAUAUGUUGUGGUGAUUUACAAGGAAUGAGAGAUGCUUGUCAAGGCGAUAGCGGCGGUGGUCUGUAUAUUAAACGAUAUACGACAGACAACAAUCGUUUCUAUGUCGAUGGUAUUGUAUCUUACGGAGAACAGUGUGCAAUAGCUGAUAAACCAGGAAUUUAUGCUCGGACCUCAUAUUAUCUAGACUGGAUACGGCAAUCGUUAGAUUUCAACUAG